AUGAUCCCAGUCUGUUGCCUGAUAACUGCUGCUGAGUAUCAAAUACCAACCCACACAUAUAGUGACAGACCUCGGACUCUCUUUGCUUCCUUCAGUUUGUCUGCAUCUUCAACUUGUAUCUAUCAGUCAGAAGCUUCUCCUGACAUGUUACCUCAUGAGCACUCAGCAGCGAUUGCAAGGUCUGCAGGCCAUUUACGUUUGGGACAUUACACUCCUGCGGUGGACGCUAAAGGAACAACUUUUCACUUGAGAGCUCUGUCCAGCUGCUUGGUCCCAGUUGGCCAUGGC